AUGCUAGGAGGAUUCAACCCGUUUGAUCUGGGCGAUCUGGCCCAGGGGACCAAGAAGGCGGCCCCCGCGAAGAAACCAGUGCCUGCUGAGCAAGCCCAACCUGCUAAACCUGCCCAGAAGAAGCUCGAGGAGAAGCCCAAGGAGAAGGAAGUGAAGAAGGAAGAUACCAAAAAGGAGGCUGUUGAGGAGGCCAAGAAGACAGUCAAGACUAAAACAAGCAAAUCUAAACCCGUUAAACCGACAAAUACUUCCAGAAAGGUCUCGAAACCCGCAAAAACCUCCAAGGAAGACGCCGAGAAGGAGUACCACAGAAAAAUGAGACUAGCAUUUGAGGCCCAGUUUGGACAUGUUGAGGGGCUAAAGGAGGACGACAAAGAGGAUGAAGAUUCUGAGUCUGAGUCGGAUGAUAACAAUGAUGACUUUGACGACAACGAGGAUCUCGUCGAGCUCUCCAAGACUUAUGUGGAGCGGCCAUCAGACGAUGAGAUGGACACCGAGAGCGAGAAAGAGGAGGAGGAAGAAACGAAGAAAGAAGAAGGACCUGUGAUUGUCCGGUUCACUGGAAGCGACCGUUCUACGAGGGACUUCAACGAAAAAGCCGAGAAGAAACGGUUCAUGAGCAAGAAGACACCGUUGUCUGAGGUCCAGAAGGAGGAGAAGGAGAAGCUACUCAGUGAGACUCAAAGACGAGUGCCCAAGACCAAGGAGGAAGAGGAGGAGGAGAAGGAGGACCUGCAGAAUGACGUGGCUCUGCAACGACUUAUCAACGAGUCUUCGAUUUUGCAUUCUCAGGCUGCUCAGUCUAGCUUCUCUGGAGCAGAUAUUUCCUUCCUGGACGAUGGUCCCAUUGGUAAGGCUCGUCUUAAGACCCUGACGUCUCGAAUUGAGAGUCUGGGAGGCAAACAUAUCCCGCUCCAGAAGAACAUGCCAAUGUUGACUCGAAAAAUGGUCAACUCCAAGUUCCAGAACAAGGUCAAGGCCGAGCAAGAGCAUGCCCAGGAGGCCGGUAUUAUUCUGGCUAAGACGGCUCCGGUGGACAACCGGUUUGCCAUUCGAAAGAAGAAGGUUGUCAAGCGAGACCGAGGUCUGAAAAUCAACUCGGUUGGUAAGAGCACCGCUGGAGGAAUCAAGUUGUCUAAACACGAGAUUCGCAAGUUUGGAGGUAAGAUCUAG